AUGCCCGGGGUGUUUCCACCCCCCAUUCCUGACUCUGACGGUGAGACUGACUGGCACCUUGCGAUGGCAGAUACCUCAUGUCUGCCGGCCCAGACAGCCCAAAAGCGGCCAAGGAGCCGACAGAGCACCAUUGAACCGAUGCGGUCGAGGUCGAACACAGCGUCGACAAAGAGUGCUCGUCUCUCGCGGUCUCGGGGAUCGACGGCCAGCAUUCACUCCGUCACCACACAGUACCAUCCAGAUGUCCACCCGCAGCAGCAACAACAACAGCAACCCGCUCCCCAGGAUAUUUAUACUACCUACAUGCGAACUCAGUACCCUACUUCCCAAGUAACCUAUCAUCAUCCAAACCCGGAAGAGAUGAUUCUGCGGUAUGGUGAACAGUUCGGACAUGCUCCUCCCACUGCCAGGUUGGACGAGCAUACUUUACAGCAGCAUCAAGAAAGCCAUAAUAUUUCAGCGGUGCGACAGCAGCGUCCGGAUUUACAGCUUCAGGAACAUCUUCUUCGGAACAGGAAUAUAAGCGUACAGCCGCCACAUCCGUCGCCGCCAGGUAUCAUACCGGCCGAGUUCGCGUCCAGUCACUUUCCCCAGAUGUUUGAUACCACGGAAAAUCAUCAUCAUCAUCAUCCUACACCAGACCGCAUGUUGGAAGAUAAUGAUGGGUCAGAGGUUGGCCCUCGAAAGAGACGCGGUACCUCAUCUUCGAUAGCCAAUGAUAAUGAACUACGACGGCUUCUUCGUCAAUAUGACGGAUACUCCCUACAGGAUAUGGCCUCCGAAGUUAGGAAGAACGAAGGUGCAGGUGGUAAAUCAGAGAAGGUCAAACAAGUGUUUGCUAUGAUAUGGCUACGUGAGAAUUGUCAGAGAGGAGACGGCUCAGUCCGUCGAGACCGUGUUUACUGUUGCUAUGCCGAAAAAUGUGGAAAUGACCGUGUAUCAGUACUUAAUCCCGCCUCUUUUGGGAAACUCGUCAGAAUAAUAUUUCCAAACGUGCAGACUCGUCGACUCGGAGUCCGCGGAGAGUCAAAAUAUCAUUACGUUGAUUUAUCCCUCAUUGGUCAAGAUGCCAAAACGGAAUGCGACGAUAAGGUGGACAAAACACAGGACCACGGUUUGAGCAUGGAUGGCUCUGGUCCCCAGCUCGAGUCCAGCUUUGUCGCUGAUUCUCAGCAAUCGCAAAAAUCACUUGUGGAUGCAGGAGACGGUGCAUCUCCAGACCUGAAUAUCCUGCAGCAAAACCAGUCAUCCGGUCCCGUCCACCGUUGUGCCUGCGCGGACUCCAGCAUUUCUGAUCUUAGUGUCGGAGUUGAUCCCAUGGCUGUCAAAACCCAGUUGAAGAUCCAGCAUUUACUUCAAUUCGAGUCAACAGACAAUACCCCGUCUACCGACAGCGACACCCUCUCACUGCCAAACAUACAUCAGUAUCUUCCCGACAACUCUGAUCCUUCGGCUGCUGAUGCUCUUGCUGCCUUGUACCGCUCUCAUUGCACUUCAGUUAUCGACAGCUUCCGAUACUGCAAGGAAAAGAACCUUUUCCGCCAUUUCUCUGCCUUCCAAGGCACCCUCACUGUGCCAGUCCACAAACUCCUUGUUCAUCCAAACGUUGCCCCAUGGGUAGAGGAAUGCGACUGGAUCAUGUACCAGAAGAUGCUUGCCUUUGUCUCUCCACUAACAACGCAGGUUGUCCCAGACCCUGUCCUCAAAGCGUUUCAAUCGAUAUCAUGCAAGCUUGUUACGCACAUCGCCGAAACCCUCAAAUCACAACCAGACCAUGUGUCCACUGCGCGACUUGUUCCAUGCCGGCUGUUUUGUCAUCUACUGAAACGUAUGCUGGAUGUUAACCAGUCUGCCAUUGCCGCUGCUGCAUGGCUGUGCCACCAACAGAAUCGAAACAAGAUGUGGGAAGAAUUUAGCACCUUUGUUGAUCCGACUGAAACUGCCAUCAAGGCCAACGUACCUUCGUGCUCCCUGAAAACCGCGAUUACAAUCUUAAAGGAACAUAUGAAAUCUCUUUUAUACCCGCUGGAUAACUGCGCCCCUCCGCAGACCGACUCUAUCGACCACGAGCUAGCUGGAUUCCAAAAGUUCCCUCAGUCAGCUAAUAAUGAAGAAUACACUAAUUUCCCCGAUCGAUGGAUUGCUUUUAUUUUACAACUACCUAGCAUGUUUCCCAACCACUCUGCAACUUGCAUAAUCGAAAAAGCGGAUGCACUAUGGACGACCGCUCUCCACCGUCUUACCCUUUCGAACGCAGAGAGCUUCAGUGCCUGGUGGAUGACCAAGGUUUUCUUCCUUGAGAUGAUGCACUGGCAAGCAGAAAGGGGAGGCUUCAUGGCUACUUCGCCAAAAUCACUGCGCGAGCAUUCCACAAACCUCUUGAGCAAACCUGCAGCAACAGUUGCAGCUCAGCUUGCAAGUUUCACCUCUACCAACUUUUCCAGUCAGCAAACGGAGACCGAGCAACCAACUCAGGAGGCUGCCCCAAACAUGAAUCACAACGCGUCGAAUACUGCUGUUAAGGUCAACAAGGCUGAUCCGCCAAACCGGCCUGCUGUUGACACGAGCCUAGAGGGCAGCCAAGUUAAUAACGAUGAUAGCGCCAUUGCUCUGGAAGAGGAUUCUGUUCUUCUAGGAACCUCCAAAUAUACGGAUAUGACCUUAUCCGAUCCCGCUGAUGCGGAGGGCGACGUUAUCGUUGUAUAA